AUAAUCUAUCUAUACGGUCGUCAUCUUUCCAAGAAUCGACAUAAACAAUUAUUAGGAAAUCCUAAGCUUAAAAUACUUAAAUAGUUUCAUGUCUAGAAAUCGUAAUUAGAUAAUAUAAUCGAAUAAUUUCUUAAUUAUCCUUAAACCCGUCUUCCAUUCAAAGAUUCAUUCUCGAGAUAUUCUAUAAAUUCUAAAAUUAUUUGGACCUAAGAUUAGCUUCGUAUAACUACAUAUGUAGAGCAUCGUGAUUAUCGAGCUAUCACGUUGUCAAGCAAACAACCAUCGUCGUUAACUCUCAGGUAGGAAGUAGCAUUCCUACAGUCAUUGGUUCAAGCUGGACACGGGAACUGGCAGAUAUACACUUGGCAAAUCAGAUUUUCAAGAUCUAACAAAAAAUUCAAGAAGCAUUUUAUUUAUAUUUUUCAAGUAAAUAAUUUAGUAGGACUUAUCUUCAGUCUAAAAAAUUACGUUCCAUUUGUAUAUCUUUUAUGGAUUGAUUUAUCCGAAAAGAACGAGGAAAUGAAGACCGAUAAAUAUGAAGACUCAGAAGUGUUGCGCUCACUGUUCGGGAAAAUUAAUCAGUUGGGAAGACGAGUCCCACGCAUGUUGCCAGCCACGAUACGUUUCGGGAAAUUUAAGAAUAUCUUCAUUGAACAGGAAUGUGCCAAACGCUUCCAGAAAAAGAUGCGUUAAGGAAGAACUUCCAGAACCACUGCCAGAGAACCGAUUAGCCUGUUACGAUCAAUUUGCUAUAGCGAAGAAGCUUCAUGCAGAGAAUUUGGAACAUCAACCCCUUCCUGACAAAGUCAACGACUCGGUUUUCAAAGAUGUAAAACCAGAAGAAUGUCGUAAUGGAAUCUCGUCGAAGAAAUGCUGUGAAUGUUGUAAGCAUGAAAUUGAAGAUCGUUUCAUGAGCUUGACUAAGCAUUAUGGACCAGUUUUAGGCUGCAAGGAGCCCAAGACGAAGAUGGAUCUAGCUAUUUGUUGGGAAACUCCAAUAAAUCCAGUUUAUGAACCACCUAGAUCUACUCAUAUCGAUGGGUCAGAAGGUGGACUCGCGCCAGCUAUAUUUUCUCUUGUUCAACAUACUUCUAGACCCACCGCUCAUUCUAGAAUUUCGAGAAACGAGAAAGGUUGUACUUGCCGUCAAUAUCAUUGUAAAUUAGAGGGAGAUUUAGAUUGCUCAAAAAACGGAAAUAAGAAAGGAGAUUAUAAAAGCGUGAAAUGCUGCAGUGAUAGUCUUUGUAAUGGCUUGAAUGGAAUAAAAAUUUCAAAGCAGGUUCAAGUUGAUGAACGACCAACAGCAGGAUAUUUCAGGAAGUGCGUUGCCUGCAAAGACCAGACUAGAAAUACACGUGAAGAUCCUAGAUUGAUUAAAUCAGCCGUCGGAUUGGCAUUGGGUACAGAAAAGGCUGAAAACAAUCAACAAAAAUGCGGAAGCAAGACAGCGAUAUCGAAACUAAAAACGCCUUGUGUUAGAAAGUCUCCUUGCAUCAAUACUUUAGCUCCUCCAUUUAGUGUUGUUAAUGGAUGUAGAGACGCCGACUUUCCAGAACAUUGGAGACUCAUGUCAGUUUAUCAACAGUCGUAUAGGAAUCCGUACAGAAGAAAAAUUUAUCGUUGUUAAUUUGUAUAAAGUGAAUUAUGAUGAAUUUUCU